CUAGUCUCCACUCCUUCAUUUCCUCCAAUUUCCUUCUUCCCCAUUGCCGUCUUCUUCCUUGAUUUUCAGAUGUUGUUGUUGCAGAACUACAAUUACUCCCCAAUUAUUCUCUCUCCUCAAUUCUUCCAUUCACCUCGCUAUCGCCAUCGCAAUCGGAGAGCUUCUUCUUCUUUUCCCUGCUGCUGUCUCGGAAAACCCACCACGGAGGCCGUUUUCUCCUCUCUGUCAGCCCUUCCGCUGUCUUUAUUGGAGCCAUGGCUGGCGGAUAUAUCGGAACCCACCACAAUUACAGUACCCGUCCCCGUGCCGGAAGACGGCGGUGGCCCAAUUGAGCUACCUUUCCCUUCUGCGCCUUCCAUCUUCGCCACCACCGAUGACCCUUCGCCGCUGCAGAUAGCAACUAGCGUGCUGCUCACCGGAGCUGUCUUCAUAUUCCUUGUUCGCUCCAUCCGACGCCGUGUUAAGCGUGCCAAGGAACUGAGGUUCAGAUCAUCAGGAGCUACUAAGAAGUCGCUUAAAGAUGAGGCAUUGGAAAGCUUGAAGGCCAUUGGAGCCGCGGGCCCUGUUGAAGAAGGUAAGAAGCCUACUUCACCAGUGCAGGCACUUCUAGGUGGCAUAUCUGCAGGUGUGAUUGCUUUGAUUCUCUACAAGUUCACUACAACCAUUGAGGCAUCUCUGAACCGGCAGACCAUAUCAGACAACUUCUCGGUUAGUCCACGGUUUCCCUUCCUCGUCGGUUUCAAAUUCAUUAAUAAAAAGAAUUGCUAGUGUUGUGUCUGCUUUGAAUGAUUUGUUAAGUUCUCACUUAAAUCUGGGUUUUUCCUACUUCUCUCAGGUUCGCCAAAUAACGAUUACUAUCCGGUAACUCCAGCAAAGUAUAAUACAAGGCACUAUUAAGACGUUGAAAAUGUGGAACAUCACUCAUUAUUGCCUGUAAACUUUUGCAGGACCAUCAUCAAUGGGUUGUGCUACCUUGCCACGUUCGUUUUCGGCCUCAACUCUGUCGGUUUAGUCCUCUACUCUGCCCAGCUCACGAUGAACUCUUUCAUGGAAGGGGAAGAAGCUCAAGCUGGUGAAGGAGAAGAGCUCUCAGAUACACUCAACUCAACUUCUGAUAGUGAUCAGAGUAGUCAGAUUGAUGAAAACCCGGAAGAUGGUGAAUAGUGUAAGUAAGUUAUGAGACCGGAAUGAUGUCUUGGAAUGACUUUCUCAUUCAAAUUCUCCAACAAAAUUACUCCAGAAACUAGAAAGCACACAGCUUUGAGAUUUUUAUUCCAGAUUGCAACGAUAAAACCAUGUUCAAUUCAGGAGACACUCAAACUUCAAGCCCAUAAACAUCAUUCCUUUUGGAAACUUCCGGAAACCCAUUCUCUCUUGACUCAAUACUACUGCUCAUAUGGAACAGGAAUCCUCUGAGUAGUAGGCCCAGCAACCAUGUCCUCCCAUAUCACAUCAGAAAGUGCCAUUGUCAACUCUCCCACCUUCCCUGCAUUUCAAACAAAAACACCCAUUAGCCUCUUAUCUCAAGCAAAAGUAUAUACACCUCUAAAACUGAAGCCAAUUUCCCAUUACCAUCUCCAAUGAGCUGAUCAUCCCACAUCACGAUUGGCAACAAAGGUAGCGUGCUCCCCACGAACAUCAUCUCAAGAGCACCUUUGGCCUCUCCAACUGUGAGUUUACUUGUCUUCACCCCUUUCAGCUUCCCCUGCUCCACCAGCUUGGGAGCCAGCUGAAGCAGCCUCAGAGCAGUGCACCCGCGGAGUAUGUUGUCAAAUGGAGGCAGGAUCAGCUCUUUCUCCUGAGUAAUGAACGCAACGUUCACAUUGGGACCCUCAGCCACGUACCCUUCCUCAUCCACCCAAAUCGAGGCAAAGGCUCCUCUGUCCUCAGCUUCCAUGAUCGAUAGCACAUUGGGGAGAUAGUUCACAUUCUUCGCAGUUGCAAAAAGAGGUGGCUUCAUGGGGAUGUUAGAUGUGAUCACCUUCACACCUUCCUUCUGCUGAGAGAACUCCUCGUCGAUCACUACUGCAUAGAAUGCUGAAGUCGGACAACCAGAGGGUGACAGCAGGAAGUUGCCUGGGCCUGCGCUCAGCCAGUAUCUCAGUGUGCCUUUCUUGCAGUUUGAUGCUGCUGCCAACUGGAGCAGGAUGGUAUGCAGCUUAUCCUUGGUGAAUGGAGAUGAUAUCCUUGCCUUCGAUGCCGAUGUUAGGAUCCUCUCUAUGUGUACGUCUAGCUCAUAGAGGUAUCUAAAACACGAGAGCUGCAGAAUUAGAUUCAUGCCGCGGGGCUAAAUGCUUCAAAAGGUCACUGAACUAAUGAGCAGAUUACCCGUCGAGAAUGAUGGCUGUGUCGAAAACACCAUGUCCGCGAUGUACCAUGUGGUCAUCAAUCGGGAUCACCAUCAACGUCGGAUCGAGAAUGAUCCCACCAUAGACGCUCGAGUACAUUGCUGGGUCAAAAUCUUCCAAGCUUUUUCACACACCUCCGAGGAUGAGAACACAUGAACCUCAAAGUCGUCUCCUUUCUGGACCUUGACAGCAGCAGCAACAGUCUCUGCAAAAAAACUCAGAAGACCGACCAGAGUAGAUGUCAAGCAGAAGAAACUCACAAUUCUGAACAGAAAAAUGAGAGAGGCUUUAUGAAAAAGAGUAGUUGCCUGGGUUCUGAUGUUCCAUGGCGAAAGGAUUGAGGGGAUGGUGAACUGAAAAGACCAACUACACGCUGGGAUUUAAUAGGAGGAUGAUAUGACUCUGGUGCGAUUUUCAGUGGGGUUAGACUGAUGGCAUUUGACGUUUUUGGGGAUGUGGAUGUGGAAUCCACUUUGGCUUUUGGCUCUGCAUUUUUUGGAGUUUUGCUGAGGUUCUGAUGGGCAAUGGGCAGAAGAGACAGAAUGCUGACAGUGUAAAGUUUUUUAGGCGGCCGGCCGUGGUGUCUUGUUUUGUAUCCGUUGUUUUCAGUGGAUUCUCCACUCGAAAUCUCAAUUGGCUAGCAUUUGAGUAAGGAUGUUACAAGAAUUAUUUUAUUUCACGGUUGUCACUCAAACUAUAAGUACCACGAAUGAUUUCAACCUCGCUAAACCCUCUUCAAGCAACUCUGGAUCAACAGCAAACGUUAUCCGAAGCCAGUUCCUUAAUCCCACUGCAGUUCCUACAAUGUUUUCACAGACCAGAUUCUUUGGUUUCAGUUCCUUGCAUGAGAAGAGAGGAGGACAAGUAAACAAACUUUGUGGAGCUUCUCACCUGGAAGAAUGAUAACAGAUUCCUCCUUAGCCAGCUUGAAGCAGAAAUCUAUGUCGUCGCUGAUGUCUUCCAGCAGCGAGAGAUUCAAUUUCAUCUGGCAAAAAGAAAUAGCAAGUUACUUCUUAUCAAUCAUGAUGCAAGCAAACCUUGUUCCUUCAUUCAGCUUCAACGUUUCCAACUUACCAUUACAGCCAUGGAUCCUUCCGGCUUGUGAGGGCAUGUGAUGCACGAAAUCUCCUUCAUCCUAUCGAAGCAAAUAUCUGAAGUUUGCUUCAACACCUUGAUUGUUUUCUUAAAGAAAACCUCUCCAGUUUCCUCUAGAAUACGAGGAACGGCUGCCUACAUCAUAUGUAAAGAGAACAUAUGUUGUCAUGAUACUAGAUCCAGCAGUGAUAGUCUUAGAAGGUCUGUGUUGAAAUUAGCUUCUGCACAAAACCAUCAUGCUGAGUUAAUAGAUUCAAGCAUGGUUAAGAGAAAAAUAGGCAUACUUGGAUGAAUGUGGAAGGUCCUCCCAAUAUGUCGAAGUACUUCUUGAUACGCUCCACCGACUGAGAACAUUAGAAACACCCAUUGAUCCAGAGCAAAGUGAUUUUGGACACAGAAAAGGAGGGAGUAAAGAAGCUAGGGAGCCAGGUAACCAACCUUUGGUUUUCUGAAAGAGACAGAGGGAUCACAAGUGACGAACCAACCAAGUCGCCAACCUGGCACUAUCCACCUCUUUGAAAGAGAGCCAAGUGUGAGGACAGGCACAGUUGAUCCAAAAACUCCCAUGGGGAUGAAAGGGUUACACCCGAAGGCAAGAUGCCCAUACACUUCAUCAGCAAUGAUGAGAAUCCUCAGCCUCUCAGCAGUUUCAGCAAUCUAUAGUAGUUGGCAAACAUCACAAAUGAGAGCAGGUUGAUUGAUCAUUUUCCCUAAUGAAUGUUCCUACUGUGUUUCCCUUUUCUCUACCUCUUUCAGAUGUCGAUAGGAGUAGACAUUCCCACAAGGGUUCCCAGGGUUGAUCACCACCAUUGCCACUGUAUCGUGAUCAGCAAGGGCUUCGACUCCAGCUAGAUCAACCUUCCAUCCGUUCUGUGGCAAGAGAUCAAAAUGUCGAACUUCGAUCCCCCUGAAAGCUGCACAGAGUUCAUAGAUAGGGAAGCCUGGUCUGGGAAGCAGUAUGUUCGAACCAGGGCGAGCCAGCAUCGCUAGUGCAACGUCAAUGGCUUGCGUGCAUCCGGACGUUACAAACACAUCAUCCGAAGAUAGAUCGUAAGGAAGAUCACCAGAUAAGUACUUUGCGAUCGCUCUGUGGAGAAGAUUAUGAAAGUGAUAUUGGUUAAGACCAACAAGCCAAGCCUGUCUGAAUUCAAAGACCCAUUUGAAGGAUGUUACCUACCUUUGAGUCUGGGGGAGUCCGACAGUUGGGGAGUAGCCAUUGAACUUGUGAGAAUGAAGAGCUUCCGCCACAGCUUGAGAAGCAACAGGAGGAACCUGGAAGCAAGAGUAAGCAGAAGGGUCACCCAUUCCAAGCGAAAUCACACUCUUCUCCUUGUUCCUCUUUGUGCCGUCGUCAUCAAUGCUCUGCAUCAACAAGCUCAGUAUCCCUUUAAUGGUGAUGUUUGCUGGAGCCUCCAUGCCCUUCGGAGGGAAAUGGGAAAGUGAUGUGUGAAGUAAAUGAAGAUGGGACUUUUUUUGCAAUUGGCGGUUUUAUGGCCUCUCUUCCUUUGCCAGAUACACGUUUAAAUGCAAGUUACCGUAGAGAAUACGAUUCAAAUAAUGUAACAUGUGAAGGAAAAUCCAAUGCUUGUUAAUGGCGACAAGGCUCUGUACCGUGGCCAGAGUGGACAGCGACCCUCCUGCCAAGUGGCCAAGGUUGCUUGCUUUGCUAUGAUGCUGAAUUAUAAGCCCAGUGAUUGAAUAAAUUAAUUAAUUAAUGAGA